CACCGUUUCAAGUCCACGAUGGCAGUGCUAAUAGACUUUCAGAUUAUGUAGAGAAUCGUAUUGUGUUGCUCUGGUUUCACCUUCGUCUGAAAUAUUAAAUGAUUGGCAACUUUAUUUCAAGUUAAUGUAGUAUUCCGGCAAUAAAAUAUUAGCACACGCUCAGCAGCUAAAGCUAACUGAUGUUAGCAACCCGACGUUUAAGUUAGCCUGUCGAGCCACUGAGUUAGCUGUUGUUACUGUAUGUUGGCUAACUACCUAGCUCUGCUGCCGUUAUCUAACGUUAAGUUAACGGGGUUGCCUGACAAGCUUGGGAGCUAGCGUUAGCUUGCAGUAACGGCUAACUAACCGCUCUCUAACCGAAGCAGGCCGGUUAGUUUCUGUAGCUACACUGUUGACUGUCCAACUGGAGACCGUUAGACCAGCUUGCUAGCGUGUGCUAACCGUAACUCGGGGCCUAAGGAUGUCAAACCAGUUAUCUCUAACCAGAUUCAAUCAUAAAGGGGACGUCGUGUGCAGUAGUGAUGUUACAACGUUAUCCGAUAAAGUGUAUUGAAUUAAUCAUUUGAUUCAGCCUAGGAGGGGAGAUUGUGUUACUUUGGCUCUACACAAAGAGCCUGUAGCGCUAAAGUCCACCAUUGAGUAUGAUUCCCUGGUUGCGGUGGAGGUGAGGAAGCAUGGGGUGGAAAUCUGACGUGUCAAGACAAACGUGAUGACAGUAUGGUCAACGGUGGAGAAGCUCAAAAUGGAAAAACGCCCAUGGAGGGAGGAGAACAUUGACUCAAGCGAGGCCCAGCAUGCCACUGACGAUUCUGAGGAUGGAAGCAGCUCAGAAAGCGAAUCAGAAGAGCAGCAGUGCCAGAGGGUUCAGGUGAACAACAGCAGGUGUAAGAAGAAGGAGCCCUUGGCUGUCACAAAACCCCACCGACAACUCUGUCGCUCUCCAUGUCUUGACCGGCCCAGUUUUUCCCAGAGCAGCACUGUGCAAGACUUUCGUGAGGAUGAGACUAGUGUGGGAACAGGGAUCAAGUCUGCCAGUGACAGGGAGUACCAGACCAAGAUGGAUUUUGCUUUGAAGUUGGGCUAUUCAGGAGAGCAGGUGGAGACGGUGCUCAACAAGUUGGGAGCUGCUGCACUUAUUAAUGACAUUCUUGCUGAGUUAGUAAGGCUUGGAAACAAAGUAGAGCCUGAAAUUCAACCUUGCAGCAGUACGGCCAUAACAUCAAUAUCACGAUCCCCCUGUGUUAAAGAGACUGUUAGUCCGGAGGUGUCAGUGGAAGAUGACUCUGUGGAUACCUUUGAUAACCUCAGGCCCAUCGUCAUUGAUGGCUCAAAUGUGGCAAUGAGUCAUGGAAACAAAGAGGUAUUCUCUUGCCGUGGUAUCCAACUUGCUGUUGAAUGGUUCUUGGAGAAAGGACACAAAGACAUCACUGUGUUUGUCCCUGCCUGGAGAAAGGAACAGUCGAGGCCUGAUGCCCUCAUCACAGAUCAAGAAAUAUUACGCAAGCUGGAAAAAGAAAAGAUCCUGGUUUUCACCCCAUCUCGGAGAGUUCAAGGCAGGAGAGUGGUGUGCUAUGAUGAUCGCUUCAUAGUGAAGCUGGCUUAUGAUUCUGAGGGAAUUAUUGUGUCAAAUGACAACUACAGGGACUUGCAAAAUGAGAAGCCAGAGUGGAAGAAGUUCAUAGAAGAGCGUCUACUAAUGUACUCAUUUGUCAAUGACAAGUUUAUGCCGCCUGAUGAUCCACUGGGAAGACAUGGUCCAAGCUUAGAAAACUUCCUCCGCAAGCGUCCUGUUGUUCCAGAGCACAAAAAACAACCUUGCCCCUAUGGAAAAAAGUGCACAUAUGGACACAAGUGCAAGUACUAUCAUCCAGAGCGUGUCAACCAGCCACAGCGGUCAGUGGCUGAUGAACUACGGGCCUUUGCCAAGUUGUCUGCGGUGAAGACGAUGAGUGAAGGGGCGUUAGCCAAAUGUGGUACUGGUCCAGUAACUGUAAAGGGGGACAGCAACUCUGAGGUCAAACGUGUGGCCCCCAAACGUCAAUCUGACCCCAGUAUUCGCUCAGUGGCCUGUGAACCGCCAGAGGCACUGUCCGUUAUUAGGAAGUCUGAGACAAAUUCAGUGCCUUCCCUUGUGUCUGCUCUCAGUGUGCCCACCAUGCAGCCUGCCAAGAGCCACGCAGCUGGGGCCUUGAACACACGAUCAGCCAGCAGCCCGGUGCCAGGUUCUUUGCAGUUCGCACACAGUUCCCUGGAGCACAUGUCUAGUGUACAGUACCCUCCUAUUUUAGUAACCAAUAGUCAUGGCGCCUCUGUUACAUACAGUGAACAGUUCCCAAAGUAUGACUCAGUUAGCGACCAUGGAUAUUAUUCACUGCACAGUGAUUUUUCAAAUAUGAGCAUGAGCAGCAUGCAUAAUGUCGACAGUUUCUGUAGCAUGGAGCACGAGCAUGGUGUGUAUCAGAGAAAUCCCAGCCACUGCCCUGAAUCCUGCCUCAGCCAUUCAAACAGUGACUCGUUCUCCUCUUAUGGGGACCUGUACCCAAGCUCUGUGGACAGUAGCUUAGAGGAGAGCAUGAAGGGGCAACAGCAGUCUCCUGCACAAAGUAGGAUGCAGACUUUCUCCCAUGGGUUUCGUCAUGAAGCACUGACUAGGGUACAGAGUUACGGACCUGAGGAACCCAAGCAGGGCCCCCGUAAGCAGUCUGGAUCUCAUCUAGCACCGCAUAUCCAGCAUGUUGCAGUGGGAGCCAGGUCCAGCUGUCCUGGAGACUAUCCCCUAACUCAGAAUGUCCUCCCACCUUUGUCCUCACAGCCCACACGGUCUCUUGGUAUGACUCGUAUGGACAGCAUAUCAGAUUCAAGGCUAUAUGAUAGCAACCCAAUGAGACAGAGGCGACCUCCACUGUGCCGUGAGCAGCAUGCAAGCUGGGACCCUCUGCCUUGUGGUAAUGAGUCCUAUGGAUAUCAUUCGUAUCCAUUAAAUAACAGCCUGAUGCCGUGUUGCGAGCGGGUGAUGGUCCGCAGCAUGCCAGACAAGAUGGAACAAAUCUGGAACUCUCCAUGGGAGAUGCCAUCUGCAGUUGAACAUCAAGAGCGGUAUGUCAUCCCAGACCACCAGUAUCAAACAUAUCGGAACCUUUGUAACAUCUUUCCUGCCUACGUAGUCCACUCAGUAAUGGAGAAGAACCCUCAUUUGACAGAUCCACAACAACUCGCCGCUGUCAUUGUUGCAAAACUGAGGUCAUGCCAUUGAGCAGUUAAUCUUAUUAAACAUUCAAAAAUUAUGUGAUAAGAGAAACACAGAUCUUGAUUGCAAGGAUAGGCACUUGUUAAAUGUUGCUGUAUGUGCAACACCUGCCCUCAGGAGUUUUUUUGUUUUGUUUUUAUGUCUCGGAUGUGAAAUCUGGAUAUCGGAUUUUAGAAGAUGACAGAAGUAAUCAGCAUAGAGAAAGUUUGUCUAAUAAGUUUAUCUCAAAUUGUAAGAUGUUUCACAUAUGAAAGCUAUGUUUUUAUAUAACGUGUGGUGCAGUUGAUAUGAGGUAACACCUUAUUAGAAAUCUGGUUCAUAACACAUUCAUACUACCUGAGCAGGAGCUUUGUAUCUUAUCCAUGAUUAACUGAACCAUCGUUCAACAUAAUUCAGUCUAGAAAAUACAUAUAUAGAAUAGUCUGAUAACAUUUGGCAGGACUGUUGAAUGUCCCUUCUUCUGAAUAGAUUCCUGUUGAUUUAACUGAUUACAUGAUGUAUGAAUAUUGUGAAUGGAGCCCCAAAGUGUUCAGUCUUAAAUAAAUAAAAUAAGAAAUAAUUAUCAAGUAAUUAAAUGAAAUAAAUAAUCACAGGAAUAAAUUGUGUAAAAUGUAUAACUGAAACAAUAAUUUGUGAACUACUUUAAGAAAUAUUUAAAACUCAACUCACUAUUAUGAAAUGUUAUUUUUUUUAAUCUUACAGCAGUUUAUUUUUAUUUCAUAAUUAACUCCCCCUCUCCCAAAAAAUGCCUUAAUUUAAAAAUGUAUUUCAUAAUUAAAUUUUUCCCAAUUAGACUUAAUUUGUAAUUUAUAUAUUUUACACAUUUUAUUCAUGUUUAUUUCAUGGUGUCUUUUUUCUUUUUAUUUAAUGUUGAAUACUUUGUGGUUUCAUGGCUAUGAUGGGCAGCUGGAUAACCAUCAUAAUUUAAGCCAAACUAACAUAGCUAGCUCUAACACUGAAACUUCAGUCAGUGUGAACUAAGUGGAUCAAUAAACAGGUUAGCUACAUGGCAACGCAGGCGAGAUAGGAAGUAAUAACUGCACAACCUCUCCACAUAUACCUUAUUAAAUCUGACAUAAAAAUACGUCAACAUUUGUACAGCGUGUAGCUUUUAUGAGUUCUUGUUCAGGCCCUGUGAAUGUGUUAUGGAAGGCAUCUCAAGUGUUUCUGGUGCAGUGGAACUAUAAAUAGCCUUGCUUAGGUCUGCCUCUGCUGUAAAUAAUUCUUGUGACUUUUUAGUGCAUUUACUUUGAAGAUAAGUAAGAGGGAGGUAGGUACAUACCUCACAGCAUGAACUAUGACAUUUAAUGGCCUUAUAUCUGAAUGACCUCACGCUUUAGUCAUUGUCUGAUUGGUUUCAAUGAGAGUCUUAGUCAUUGAAGCCUCCUCUUUUCAAAUGUAAAGCACUAUCUCAGUAUCUAAAGAGAUAUAUUUUCUCAGCCUCACUUAACAAAGCUACUAUUUUGGUAGAAUUUGACAGUGCACAAAGCAAGCCAAAAAAGAGAUUUGACUGGCAUACAUGUGCACAUAUCUAUGUACAUAUAAUCACACAAAAGCCAUUAUUUCAAAGUCAUUUAUAAGCUGCUAAAUAAUGCCAAAAAAAGAUAGACUUUAUAUAGUGUCAGUAUUCUGCAUAACUUUACAUUUUGGUUCACAGAAUUGGAUUAUAGUAUAAACUAACAUCUGUGUUUGGAUAAUUUCCUAUGGUGUACUGUAUAGUUCCCUUUCUGAUUUUAUUGGAUGCUAUGUCCAGGAUUUUCCUAUUUAUAUAUUUGUCAAAUUUGUUGUGCUGAUUCUUUUCAAUGUGAAAAUAUUCAAAGUAUCUUUGUUUCAAACAGUAGCUCUAAUGGACUCCUUCAAGUUGUCAGCGGAGCAGUUUGUUUUCAGGAACAUGUUCAUUUUGUUUCAAAGACUACUUUUACAUGCACUUAAAUAUUGAUUCCUGAUGCAGAAAUGAGAAACCUAGUUUCCUUUUAUCAGUUUAAGGCAUUAAGAGAAACUUGGGUUACCCAGUUAGAUUUCUGAUUGAAUUUGGCCAUUUAUAAACUUUCUUAGGGGUGUGCUAGUGUGUGAGACAGUGACCCAGGACAGGGAAGGUAUCACAGUGGCAGUAAUCUAGCAGCAUUAAAGGCGUUAUUGUUACUUAUCCCCAUACAUCGUUACCUCUAGAGUAAUAACAUCCAAAGUCCAGUCUAUGCUGAACAAAACGAUUGAUUUCCUUAUUAUAAAGGUAAAUGGUUUAGUUUAUUAGAUAGGCUUGAACAGUAAAUCAUUUUUCCGAAUGUGCUUAACAAGUUUCUUCAUUAACAUAUUAGAAUACUUAAAAUAUGGCAAAUCUUUAUAAAAAUGUGGAGGAAGGAAAUCUGCCGUCUGACUAACUGUGUAAAGUCAAAGUGGUUUUAAGUCAGACUAUUGCAGUGCAUCUAAAUGAGUUGUCCAAUUUCAUGCCUUAACCUCAUUUCUAACACUUACCUGGUCUCUUUUGUGCAUGUAAACGUAGUCAAACUUUGAGAAUUGAUUUCACCGGGCUGUGAUGUGACUUAUGUAGGGAAAAGUUGUAGAAAUGUACUAUUGAAGGUGCAAAUAGAGAUGGCAUUUACCGUCACAGUUUAAAUGUUUGCACAAGGAAUUCUGCAACAGACUGAACAUUUACUUGAUGUUACAUUUGUCAGAUAAAAUGAUAAGAAUCUGGCUGUAACAGUUAGGCCUGGGAGUGAGUUAAAUAUUGAAUUUGUUUUGUGAUAUCUUGUAGAGUAUGAGGUUUCAAUGAUAAAAAAAAAAAAUGAAGUGAAUGUUAGAAAGCAUGUUGAAGAGAAAAUUUUCUGUAUGGCUUUUUAUGGGAGGCUGAAUUGCUCAAAUACAGAUGUACAGUACGAAUACAUGCAGCCAGUCUCCAAGGAUCAUGGAAGUGUUUGGCUGUGCCUUGCAGCACAUUGCUCUCAGGAUGCUUUCAAUUUUCUAAUUUUCAGUCUUGCCCUGCCAAAAACCAGUGGUUACUGGCAAGAGUCUACUCUAAUACUGCUAGUAAUGAUAUAUUUUGUGAAAAUCCUACAUGUAACAUGUAGUACCUUAAAGUUAGUUAUGUACAGUUGACACGUGGAGAUGGCAUUGCAAAACUUUGUACUUUUUCUGUAUAUCCUUGUUAUGCACCUUGAGAUCUAGAAAAUUGGGCCAAUAGGGUGGCUUUACAUGAUGCAGCUUUUUUCAGAUGAAGUGAUGUUGUUGUCCAUUAAGGUGCGAAGUUUCCAUCCAGCCAAAGACAAACAUUGGUGUUAAAACACUGAUUGAUUGGACCUCAUUAAUUUUACUCAUACUGGGACCUAAGGAUGCUAAUGGAUGCUAAGGGAUGCUAAUCAUGACAGUUUGGUAUGGCCCGGAGCUCAUCGCGUCAAACUUAUUCACAAGAAAUAUUAACUAAUGGGGCAAAUUUCCAUCACUUUUGCUAAGCGCAGUCAUGCUCCCGAGAGGAUCCACUCCCUUGAUUUUAAUGAUCCAUUGCCUUUUCUCUACUCCCGCCCUCAGGACAAAGUGCUACAUGAAACAUUCAGCCUACAAUUGCAGAGAGAUUGUAUCAUGUAAAGCCAACCCUAACGGCAAGAUCAUGCGUUGAGUGAAUUUAAAGGGAAAUGCCACUUACUUUCAGGAUUCUGGUAUGAUACUCCUAGGUUUACUACAGGAUUGCAUGACUGAACGUCACAGAUUUAGUUCUCAGUAUAGUAUCACAUGCAUGUGAAAGAGAGGAGGUUCCAUUCUAAUGUCUAAUGUCAGAUUUUUGUUAAGACUCCAGAGUCAAAUAACAAAAAUGGAUUAGGGGACAGUUUAUUGUUUUAAUGAAUAAUUAAAAACAGAGGGAAGUGAUGUUGAGUUAGAAAGUUGGUCUCCCAUUUGUAUUAAAUGGUGCAGCCUAUGUUUUGAUGACAUCGCAGACCUGAAUAUUUGUCCUUUGAUUUAGUAAAUGGUUCAUAAUUAUAGAGAAAAAUUUAAAGAGAAUUUUUUAAACUGAGUGGUAUUCCUCUUUAAGAAGGCUAACUAUGUGAACCUGACUUUGUCUCAUUGGUGGUGCUUCAAAAAAAUAUAUAUUUCUUUAUAAUGUUUAGGUACAACCGUGUAUAUGAACAGACAUAAAGAAAAAAACAUUUGAAUGUGUUUUGCCCAAAUGAAUUUUGGGCUUUGCUGACUUUGUUUUUUCAUGAAAAAAGACAAGGCCACUUAAGGCUGGCUGUCUGUUCAUGAGAAGGUGAAACAAACUGCCUAAAUGUUUCUUCAUGUGAAACAAUCAGAUUGCAAGGCUGCUGUCAAGGUUGUUUCUGGCAUUUGGCUAAACGUUUGCGCGCCAUCCUUUUUCCUCGAGAUAGUUGAAUUGUCAUAGAUUACAAGAAAAUUGCCUUCUCAGUGCAAAAAGACUGAAGUACUUUAUACCGCGAUAAAUAAACUCUAAAACUAAGAGCAUCAACAUUGAGAGACCAAAUGAAGAUCUCUAGUGGCAUUAAUAUCCUAAUUUGGUUUUGUAAUAUGUUUUUAAUAAUAGUGAGAUCCUUGUUUAACCUGAGCACUGGAAUAGUCAAUUGCCCUGAUGAACUCAGAGUUCAUUUACUUUGGUUUGUUAAGGAAUUAGUAACUGUAAUGUAGGCCACAACACAAAUAUACCAAAAUGUAAACAGGUUUCAUUAUAUUGGUUUAUAUUCAUUGUGGGAAAUAUUCUAGAAAUGUUAUUUUGGGUAUAAAUAGGUAAAUCAGGGGUUAUAUCCAUAUCAACUGAAGCAGUUUAUGACAAUAUAAACUUAACAUGGGAUUGGGCUGUGAUUUACAGUGCAUGAAAUUAAUGACAAAUCAAUUUAAACUGAGAGAGAUCUCGUUAUAUUGUCCAUAAAACAAAAUUAGUUUAUGGUUUCAUAAAGACAUGCACACAUGAUUGAAUUUUAACUGCUGAUUUUGCUCGCAAGCUUAUAUGUUACUAUUUCUGGCACAGUGCCACAUUGCUAGCACUUCUCUGUAAUUAGAUAAAAUGCACUCAUGGGCCAUGUGGGCUUAACAAGUAGCCUAUUAGAGCAUAUUCAGAUUCAGAGCUCAGUGGCUGUGUGUCCAUAAUGCUGAAAUAGUAUUUAUGGUAGCUGCCCUAAUCCUAAAAGGUAGACUCUGCUUUUACAAAUUCCAUCUGGACAUUUUCCCCACAUGAACAAAGUGGGAAAGAAAUGUUGUGUAGGGACAUACGUUUCUUCUUUUUGCUGUCUUUAAUUGAUUUUUCUGUCUUUAUCAGAGAUAUUUCAGUUCACUACAAGAAAGAAUCUGUGUUCCCUGAGCAGUAGACUACUUCCAGGCCAAAAAUAAAACCCUCACUAUCGCUACAAAAUACUUUCAAUGUACCAAUCCAGUAUUUUACUGCUGUGCCCUAAGGUUACACUAAAUGCCAGAAUGGUGGUUCAUAGUCCCCACCCUCCCUUUUGAAAGUGCCGCAAACAACUAAGCCACAAAUGUCUAGAAUUGACUUUUGCUUGUUGAUACAAAUUGUAUCUAUACCUUGAAUGUAACAAAAUAUGAAAUGUAUAAUAUGAAAAUAGUUUUAUUUAAAUAAAGGGGGAAAAAAUCAAUGCCAUAAUGUUUGUGACACUGUGUGUCACUGGGAGUAGCCCAUUGGUAUGUACUAAUUCUUACUGGGUACAGUAGUUAACUUACAGGGACAUUUACGUGCUACAUAAAGGUGCACAGAUACCCUGUGUACAGCAGUAAGCAUCAUGUCCUCUCUGUAAAUAGUCACACGUGUGUGUGUAUAUAUAGAAGGCGAUCUGUAAAUGUAACAGUAACACUUUCUUCAGUUGUUCAAAUACUAAAUAAUUUCUGUGUUGUAAUCUGUGCACCUUGGUUAAGUGCAUCUAUUUCCUCUGAAUUGACAUGUCUGCUUUAUGCUAUUUUAAUGGGAAUUUCAAUAUUUUUAAAUAUAUUUUGCCUAAUAAAACAUGCCAAAGUUAUUCUUGGGUGACUUUGUCAAACAUAAUUUUUUGUGACUCAACACACGGGUUGUCAUGCAAUGAAUUCUAUAUUUCAGGGGACAAAUGAUUUAUUUUCCACUUGAUGUAAACUAAGAGUAACUUAACACCAAACACAAAUCUGUGUCUAGACGGACACUUAAAGCAUAAUACAGAAAUUGCAGUGGGAGUAUCAGAAAAGGGCAGUAUCAGUAGCAUACUGAAUGGCAUGGUUCAGUGUCAGUUUUUACUCAGAUUUGUGUUUGAUGUUUAAUUCCUCUUUCAAGAUACAGAUCCUUUUAAAACAGGACUUUUUGGAGUGUUUGGCAGUUGAUUUAAUGAUGAACCCUGUAUGUUGACAAAGCUGUGGUGUGUUGAAUUAUUCACCAACUGUAAUUUCAUCAUUUUGGGCAGUUUGCAUUCUGUUGUUUGAAAUGACCAGUCUGUAGGUUGUAGCUGACCCUAUGGGAAUUAGACUAGUGCUAUUUUCAAGAUGUUAAGACUGAUAUUGUCAAUAUAGAAUUACCUUAAGUUCGGUAUCAGUUGUUGAUGGCUAAGAUCAAGACCAAAGUGAUUUUUUGACACAUUACAUAUCUGUUAUGAUAAUUGGUUCAGACACAUUAACAGUUGUGGUCAAAUAAUUGUGAACCCCUUGACGUCUUGCAGUUUUUACUACCAUAUAAUUCAGAAAGUGAAUUGCUGGCACGACAAGAGGUACACACAUUUGAAUAUGACUGUACAUAUAUACACAGUGUAAUACUCAGGUUAAAUCACACAAACAUUUUAAAUCACAUACUUGGGUGUUUUCUAAUAUGGAGAAAUGCAGUGGUCACAUUUUGAAGGAGUGGAGGUCUCCUGUUUGAGGCAGACCGUUUAGUCUGCAAUGUAAAAAGGGAAAUAUAAAGCAAGUUUUUUUUUGUGUUGUGAUGAUCUGCGGUAUUGUAAUCCACAUUGACUGGAAGGCAUCGCUUUUUUAGACCAAAAUAUACAAAAAAUAGAAUAUUUGGGUCUGUGGGCUCAAACAAAAUGUAAGUCUUAAUGACAAAAUGUGUUUCUCUCCAUAAAUAAAGCAAAAUUCUGUUCA